AAUUGCAAUACACAACGUAUUAAACUAUUAGAAUUUUGUUAUUGUUUUUAUUACAAUAUUGUGUACAGUAGUGAAGGUGUUUUUAGCCGGACUAUGUUUUUUCAUGUUUAUUGAAUGAUUUUUUGAGACAUGUUGUAGCAAUUAAUUCAUUUACAAAAUACCAUAGGAAUAUCGAAAUCCUUUGGUCGAAGUUAGUGACCGCUACACCAGCAUGGCUUGUAUGUUAAAAAUAUUUAGAAAAUGCAGGCCGAACGCCGCACCAGUGCCUCAGGACUGCGUCCCAUGAGACCUGCACUACAUCAACAUCAGUUUGACGACGCUGAGAGCCCAUCUGCUCCGAUAGUAGUGAAUAAUUAUCAUCACUACCAUCAGAUAGCUCAUCAGAUUUAUCCAACUGGUGUUUCUGAGUAUACAGUAACUAGUGGCGACGUGGAGGAACAGCACCAUGUGUAUGGGCCAACGGCGGCAAGUGAGUGUCACCCAACCGCUCCAAAGCUGACCGCCCCCAUACGAGGACAACCGCCAUUGCUGUAUCCAGCAUUCCACCGGCAGGUGCAGUAUCGCUCCAGCAGGCGCCAGGUUAGUGAUGCGACGCAGGAAAAAAUACAAGAGGACGAUGAGGCCACUCUCAGGGAGUUGCUUGUGAGUCUUCAAAAACAGGUGAGCGUGAUGAGUAUGAAUUUAUCAGCGAAGCUGGAUGAACUCCAGCAACGGGGUGAUCGUCAAUUGGAAACAACGGUAGCAUUAUGUGAAAUACGUACACAAUUACAAGAAUUAACAAAAAGUGUUGAAUCAUGUCAAAGUGAAGUAAGUGAAGUGAAACGUGAUAUGGUUGCAAUUAAACAUGAAUUGGAUACUGUGCAACAAGUGAAAGAGGAAAUUGAAGAGUUACGUGAAUAUGUUGAUCGAUUAGAGGAACAUACACAUCGCCGUAAAUUACGUUUGCUUGAGCAGGGUUUAACGUUUUUCUUAUCCUAUGCCAUUUUGGCAGCGGUGUUGGGGAUGCUUCAAUUUGGUUACAAUACAGGUGUAAUCAAUGCUCCAGAAGUUAAUAUUGAAAAUUUUAUGAAAGAUGUAUAUAAAUCACGAUAUGGUGAAGAUAUCCCCGAAGAAUCUGUUAAAUUUUUAUAUUCAGUAGCUGUAUCAAUAUUUGCAAUUGGUGGUAUGUUAGGUGGAUUUUCUGGUGGUAUGAUUGCUGAUCGUUUUGGUAGAAAAGGUGGCCUUCUACUUAAUAACGUAUUAGGAAUUGGUGGUGCCUGUUUGAUGGGAUUUACGAAAAUCUCUCAUUCCUAUGAAAUGUUAUUCUUUGGCCGUUUCAUUAUAGGUGUUAAUUGUGGUCUAAAUACAUCAUUAGUUCCCAUGUAUAUAUCUGAAAUAGCGCCUUUGAAUUUACGUGGUGGCCUAGGUACAAUCAAUCAACUUGCUGUAACUGUUGGAUUAUUGCUGUCACAAGUAUUAGGCAUUGAACAAAUAUUAGGUACAGAUGAUGGUUGGCCUGUACUAUUAGGUCUUGCAAUAUGCCCAGCUAUUUUACAAUUAAUUUUACUGCCAAUAUGUCCUGAAAGUCCUAGGUAUUUAUUAAUGACGAAACAAUGGGAAGAAGAAGCUAGAAAAGCAUUAAGAAGAUUGCGAGCAAGUAAUCAAGUUGAAGAAGAUAUUGAAGAGAUGCGUGCUGAAGAGCGUGCUCAACAAUCUGAAUCUACAAUCAGUAUGACUGAGUUAAUUUGCUCACCAACAUUACGAUCCCCAUUAAUUAUAGGCGUUGUUAUGCAAUUAUCACAACAAUUAUCUGGUAUUAAUGCUGUGUUUUAUUAUUCCACCGAUUUGUUUUCAAGUAGUGGUUUAAGUGAUGAAAGUGCAAAAUUUGCAACAAUUGGUAUUGGUGUUAUAAUGGUAACAAUGACAUUAGUAUCAAUACCAUUAAUGGAUCGUGCUGGACGAAGAACAUUACAUUUAUAUGGUUUAGGUGGCAUGUUUAUUUUUAGUAUAUUCAUCACAAUAUCAUUUUUAAUAAAGGAAAUGAUUGACUGGAUGUCGUAUAUAUCGGUUAUAUCAAUACUCAGUUUCGUUGUAUUCUUUGCUGUUGGGCCCGGUUCAAUUCCAUGGAUGAUUACUGCCGAAUUAUUUUCACAAGGACCUCGACCAGCAGCAAUGUCAAUUGCCGUUUUAGUUAAUUGGAUAACAAAUUUUUGUGUUGGAAUUGGUUUUCCUACAAUGAAGGCAGCUUUGGAUAAUUAUACUUUCCUGCCAUUUAGUGUUUUUCUAGCAAUAUUUUGGACAUUUACGUAUAAAAAAGUUCCAGAAACUAAAAAUAAAACAUUCGAAGAAAUCCUUGCCUUGUUUAGACAUGGGAACGGCAGGUCCAGUUUACGAGAUAGUCGACUCUACGGGAGUAUGCUAAACUGUGUGAAUGCGUUAGAGCAGCAUCUACCCGGCACAGAGCAGUCUGCGCUCAUGGUCGCCGACGAGAAAUCACAACCUGAGUCAUAUGAAAAUGUCUUUGUACCCCAUGUAAUCCCAAAUCCAUUUGAACGGAGUUUAUAUCGAAGUACAUACAAUCCUCGGAGACAUUCAGCAUAUGCUACCGUGCCAGCUGCGUCUGAGCAUUCUUCUCGUGAUGAAUUAGCCGUUCAACGACCGCCGCCCCCAUUGCCGCCUCCAAGAUUCCCAAAUAGUGCCGUUUGACAAUGGGAAACAUUAAACAUCAGUACAUUUACUGUCGCCGCUCCAUCAUUUCCUAUUUUACCUCUGUUACCUCUGCUUACGAAUGCCAGCGGUUUAGCUGUCGAAACCCAACUAUAUGAUCUAAUAGCUGAACGCUCAAAAGCUUGCGUUAUGUAUUUAAGACACAGCUUCAAACGACCACGACAACGCUAUUAAAAAAAGAAAUGAAAAAC